UUUUUUUUUUGUCUUUUGCCCAUCCCACCAAAGUUUAUUUGAAAAAAAAAAAAAAAGUUGGACAAUACUUGAUAUAUAUAUAAAUGGUGAACACAGAAAAAGUGUUACAACGGAUCGGUCAGUCCAAACUCACAAUAGGAUAUGUUAGUCUAGCAAUAGUACAAGGUGUGAUUAUUAUUGUAUUAGAAACUAUUAUUGCUGUUCAAAAUAGUACACAAGCCAAAGCAACUUUUCCAUAUAGUAGUUUGGCCAGUGCUUUUGAAAGAUUGACAAGAAUCAAAUAUGAAAAUGUAGCUUUUAUUGGGUUUCAAAUAUGGGCUAUUUGUAUGGUAUUAGAUGCAACAGUUCAACAAAAUGCGGCUGAAGUAUGUGUUUUAGCUAUACUUUAUGUGGCAUGUGCUAUUCUUGGUGGUCUUCAAAUCUUAGAUAAUCAACGUUGGCUUGAAAUCUUAAAUUCUAAACCUAUUGUGUCUACAUCACCUUUACAAAUAGCAUUGACUGUAGAAAUCGUAUUGGCUGUAUGUUUAGGCUUAUUUGCUAUUUCUUUUGGUUUGAUGUCUUAUAAGGUCACUUCUGAAUUUGGUUGGAUGAUUUAUAAAAAAAUUGGUGCUGAUCAAGCUGUCAAACAUAUGUAUACCAUUUUUCAAUACUUUGUUUUAUGUAUGAAAAUCGAUAUCUUUGUGGAAUUUUUGGUCUCAGUUUUUUAUUUGAUUCAAUUUGUGAUUAAAUCUGGAGAAAUGGAUUGGCAUUCUUGGAUAUUUUUAUUUGUCACUUUAUUCAUGUUACCUAUGCUUUGGCUUGGAAGAACGGCUGUGGCAAGGGAAAGUUUAAGUCUAAUGAUUCUCUUUAUUGUUUUCCAAGCUAUUGUUGUAUUUGAAUUUGCUCUAGUGUUGUCUCAAACACUUUCUGAUUCUUGGUAUAUAUGGACCUGUUUUGUGAUUCUGGGGAUUUUAUUUGCAGUGGUGACAAGUAUAUUCGGAGCUAUUUGUAUGCAUAACUUCGAUCGAGGCUUACAUCCUUAUGUUCAACGUGGAAGUAGCAAAAGAGAUCAACGUCAAUCAAGUCAAGAUCAAUUCCAAAUGAACAAGCAAAAUUCUACCAUGUCAUGGCAUAUCGAUGACGAAUAAAUUUUUAGCCCAUAUUCCCUCUUUUUUAUUUAUAUCAUUUAUUUUUUUUUUUUUUUAGUUUUAUAUACAUUUUGUUCAACUAUCAUAUUCAUUCUUUUUUCUUUCAUCCAGUCAUAUAUUCAAUAAAAAACAUCUGAAAAGCAU